CCACUGCGCAUGCUCAGUGCCGGACAGACCGGUGUCCAGUCAGUGUCAGACACUCUGAUCAGAUGCGUUUGCCUCAUAUGCUCCAGUCCCGUUAGUUACAUUCAGUUUGCCUUCGCGUAAUUAUUGCCAAACCUGCGGGGUUGAUGUGUUUAAACGCACAUUGUAGAUUUAAAUCCAGCCAUUUAUUCACUCGCAUAUUUUACCUGGGCUGCACCGCACCUUAUGUCGGCAUAGGCACGCGCUCGCAAGGAUAAUCAUCUUAGAACUAGAGCCAUGGAGACAGUCAUUCACUUUAUGAAUGACUCUGUAGAGUUUUAUAAAUGGAGCCUUACCAUAGCAGAUAAGCGCGUGGAGGAAUGGCCGAUGAUGUCAUCUCCGCUCCCCACCCUGGGGAUCAACGUUCUCUACCUGCUCUUCCUCUGGGUCGGACCCCUUUACAUGCAGAACCGGGAGCCUUUUCAGCACAGAAAAACCCUCAUUGUGUACAACUUCAGCAUGGUGCUGCUUAACUUCUACAUCUGCAAAGAGCUGCUUCUGGGCUCCAGAGCGGCCGUAUACAGCUACCUCUGCCAGCCCGUGAACUACUCCAAUGACGUCAAUGAAGUCAGGAAAGUGAGGAAGAAGUUUAACCAGGUCAGCUUCCUGCACGUCUAUCACCACUGCACAAUGUUCAUCCUGUGGUGGAUCGGCAUCAAGUGGGUUCCUGGCGGACAGUCUUUCUUUGGCGCUAUGAUUAAUUCAGGCAUUCAUGUGCUGAUGUAUGGCUACUAUGGCUUGGCAGCGUUUGGCCCAAAGAUCCAGAAGUACCUGUGGUGGAAGAAAUACCUCACAAAGAAAGAA